UCUCGGGGAGGAUGGACUCCGAUCCACGCUCGCCCGGGCUUCCCCGGGCUGGAGAGCGCGCCUGAGUGCGGCCGCCCGCCGGGCGUGGGAGCCGCUUCCCGGGCGGCUGCGGCAGCGGAGGAGGAUGCUCGCGGCAACCCAGCACUCGGAAGGAGUGAAUGACAUGUGCAGCUGGGAACGUCAUUUCUGACGGGAGGCGUCGUUCUCUGGGAGAGGAGUCCCCCAUGAGCCUGGCCGAGGCCCUGGAUCUGUGUGCAGUGGACUAAGGAUUUAGUAGGAUGUCAACUGAGACAGAACUUCAAGUAGCUGUGAAAACCAGCGCCAAGAAAGACUCCAGAAAGAAAGGUCAGGAUCGCAGUGAAGCCACUCUGAUAAAGAGGUUUAAAGGUGAAGGGGUCCGGUAUAAGGCCAAACUGAUCGGGAUCGACGAGGUUUCAGCAGCUCGGGGAGACAAGUUAUGUCAAGAUUCCAUGAUGAAGCUCAAGGGCGUCGUGGCUGGCGCUCGUUCCAAAGGAGAGCACAAACAGAAAAUCUUUUUAACCAUCUCCUUUGGAGGAAUCAAAAUCUUUGAUGAGAAGACAGGGGCCCUUCAGCAUCACCAUGCUGUUCACGAAAUUUCCUACAUUGCAAAGGACAUCACAGACCACCGGGCCUUUGGCUACGUGUGUGGAAAGGAAGGGAACCACAGAUUUGUGGCCAUAAAAACAGCCCAAGCGGCUGAACCUGUUAUUCUGGACUUGAGAGAUCUCUUUCAACUUAUUUACGAAUUGAAGCAAAGAGAAGAGUUGGAGAAAAAGGCACAAAAGGAUAAGCAGUGUGAACAAGCUGUGUAUCAGACAAUUCUGGAAGAGGAUGUUGAAGAUCCUGUGUACCAGUACAUUGUGUUUGAGGCUGGACACGAACCAAUCCGUGACCCCGAAACGGAAGAAAACAUUUAUCAGGUUCCCACCAGCCAAAAGAAGGAAGGUGUUUAUGAUGUGCCAAAAAGUCAACCUAAUGGCCAGCCAAUGGAGGAUUUCGAAGAACGCUUUGCCGCGGCCACCCCGAACAGAAAUCUGCCCGCGGACAUUGAUGAGAUUCUUGAGGCAACGAAGGCUGUGACCCAAUUAGAACUUUUUGGGGACAUGUCCACCCCUCCUGAUAUAACCUCUCCCCCCACUCCUGCAACUCCAGGUGAUGCCUUUAUCCCGUCUUCAUCUCAGACACUUCCGGCGAGUGCAGACAUGUUUGGUUCUGUAUCUUUCGGCACUGCUGCUGUACCCUCAGGUUACGUUGCCAUGGGCGCCGUCCUCCCAUCCUUCUGGGGCCAGCAGCCCCUCGUCCAACAGCAGAUCGCCAUGGGUGCUCAGCCACCAGUCGCUCAGGUGAUGCCAGGGGCUCAGCCCAUCGCAUGGGGCCAGCCGGGUCUCUUCCCUGCCACUCAGCAGCCCUGGCCAGCUGUGGCCGGGCAGUUUCCGCCAGCCGCCUUCAUGCCCACACAAACUGUUAUGCCUUUGCCAGCCGCCAUGUUCCAAGGUCCCCUCACUCCCCUCGCAACCGUCCCAGCCACGGGUGACUCCUCCAAGUCAAGUCCACAGACCGACAAGCCCAGACAGAAAAUGGGGAAAGAAAUGUUUAAGGAUUUCCAGAUGGCCCAGCCUCCACCUGUGCCCUCCCGCAAACCCGACCAACCCUCCCUCACCUGUACCUCAGAGGCCUUCUCCAGUUACUUUAGCAAAGUCGGGAUGGCACAGGAUACAGAUGACUGUGAUGACUUUGACAUCUCCCAGUUGAAUUUGACCCCUGUGACGUCUACUACACCAUCAACCAACUCACCUCCAACGCCAGCCCCUAGACAGAGCUCUCCAUCCAAGUCAUCUGCAUCCCACGCCAGUGACCCUACCACAGAUGACAUCUUCGAAGAGGGCUUUGAAAGCCCCAGCAAAAGUGAAGAGCAAGAAGCUCCCGAUGGAUCACAGGCCUCAUCCAACAGUGAUCCAUUUGGGGAGCCCAGUGGGGAGCCCAGUGCUGAUAAUAUAAGUCCACAGGCCGGUAGCUAGAUAGCGCAGGUCUGGGAGCUGGAGCCUCUCUAUGCGCAGAUCCACAGACCUAAGAAAUAGCAUCAAUGCGGGCUCGUGGCGGGUGCUUCUUCAAGACUAGCAUGGAAAUCAGCAUCGCGACAGGCUCUUAUAUUCUUUCACCUCACUUCAUCCCACAGAGAAAUUCAUAAUUGCCCAAUGGAACUUUUUUGGAGGAAGGAACUAAGAGUUUUUGGCAACCAACAGCAGAUACCUAUGGCAGCACAACAAAACAAGGACACACAAAGUAUAAGAAAAUUAUACCCAACGUUAAAUCACAAAUCAAGCAAAUGCUUACCCAACAAACAUUCUGAGCUCUCUUAAUGUGGAUUGAGAAUGACCCCCCUCCCCAAGUAUGCAAAAUCAUAAUUCUCUUUUUAUUUCUCUACAUGUUACCCACUGUAGAGACGUCAAACUUGGAGUGAUAGGCCUCAGAGUCUUACAGCAAGUUUGGCACUGACUUCUUUGAGGCAAAGGAAGAGGUCCUCUGUGACCACACUCUCAUCAUCCAUAUGCCUUUUGACAUGUGAUGAUGUUACAUUAUCACUGCACAGGGCCUGGCCUGCCAUUUUCUCCCUUUCCUUCCUUUGUCAUGUUUGAAAAUUAAUGGGUGUACAAAUUUUGUAUUGAUUUUGACUUUUUUAAGACAUUGAUGAAGAAACCUAAGUGGGGGAAAAAAGUCUCAUAUGAAUGAAUUAACUUGAAAUCGCAAGACAAAUAAGUGGUUGAUAAUUCUUUAUGAUCAAGAAUGUUGCCAAGACAACCUUUUAGCUAUCUCUGCAUCCUGGUGAAGAAAGACAGCUUUCUGUUUGAACCCUCAUUCUGUGAGUAGGAAAGGACAUCAAGUCCCAUUGAUGAGAAAGAUGAAAAAUGCAUCUGAUUUCCUAAGAAGCUCUAAAUUCUAAGUACAAUGAAACAAUAUUUUUUAUUUUUCUGAUCUCUUGCUGCUGUGAUGCUAUGCAGACAAGUGUCUUCUCCACGUGCCAUUUUCAAAGAAAAGUCAUUUGCCAAAUAAUUCUGGUAUAAUCCUGGUAAUGUGGCCCUGGAUCUUAAAAACUGACUUUCUCAUGGAACAAUGGUGGCGUGAGUAUUCAGAAUAACAAACUGAUUCUGUGAUCAUAAUGGUUCAUCUCUAUCUCUUUUUGUACAUCAGAAAAUUCAAAUGGGAUUUUUAUUUUAUAACUUGAAGAAAAAAGAAACCUUACCAUUAAACUCUUUAAAUAUUUAAGGGAAAUGGCUUUAAGGAGUUCUAAUGAAAAAAAAAUUGCCAGGUGUUUUUCUUUUUGUAAAUAUAAAUGUUAAUGAAAAUGCUUUUUAACAAUGCCAUUACACUGUAGAGAAGGUAGCAGAUUGAGUGCAAGAUGUGACAAGCGUGAUGGAUGGGGCUGGCUUUCCAGAUGUUACUCUGGAGCAUAUGGGAGGAGGCUGGAGUUCAGGGACAGCUGGUAGCAGCAGCUGGCCAAUCAGCAGCUAGUGAACAGGAAGGGAGCAUGUAACUCCAUCAUCUCAUCUAGCAUUUCCACAAGAGUGCCUGCCCUCCGUGUAAAAGAAGAACAAGGCAACUCACAUUUUGAAGGUCUAUCCUUCAGAUUCUAACCCUCCCUCCUGCCUCUCUACUCCCACCUUCUCCCACGGAAAUCACUGGACUAUUUGUACAUGAAACAGAAGAGUUUAAGCUUCCUUUUUUUACAUGUAUGAGACAGAAAAAGUGUAGUGUUCGGUUCGUAUGUUUAGCACAUGAUUUUCAUAAAGAAUCUAUAUAUUUUUGCCCUACAGAGAAUUGUUCUACAGGUCAAGUGUGUUUUCCGAUGUUCCUAUGCAGUUACAGUAUGUUGAAUUUAGUGGUUUAACACUAAGAAGAAAACUUUAAAGAAUCAUGUGAUUAAUUGGAUUUGAGGGUAAUUACUAUUAUUUGGUUUUAAAAUUCAAAAAUUAGAAUUUAUAUUGAUAUGAUUAACUUAAAUAGGCCUGCGUACUUUGGUUCCUCAUAUCAAUAGAAACUGAAAUGCUUUGGAAGAAGGUAAACUUGCUCACAAAAAAAAAAAAAAAAUUGAUAAGUCCAUGUGGUGGUUACUGUUGGAAGCCCAAAUUUGACAUUAUCAGGUCACUGGAAUCCAACUUUUUUCCAGUUAGGUAAACUGACCAAAUGUCCAUUACGGAAUCCAUGUAAAUGUCAUCCUAAGGCGAAGGUCUGAAGAACCAGAAAAGUGAGAAGGGCCAUUUCCCUCCCUCCAUAGAUAUCACUGUUGGUCCACAUGACUCCUCCAGAAAAGUGCAUGCAUUUUACAAUGAAGUCAUCUUUUCACAUGAAGGAGGAAAUGGGAAAGGCUUGAGAACCAUAAGAGAUGUCCUGAAACCAGUUUGAUGGUGUUUUCUGGGGAUUUAAUAAGAUGGGCAGUUCCCAUGAGGAAAUGGCUUACAUUGCUAUGUUGUCCGUAAUUCAGAUUCUAAACAAGUGGUGCUAUCUUCUCCCUUGAUAUGGCUGUCUUGAGUGUGUCUGGCAGUAUCACCCCAUUGUACAGAUUCUUUGGGUUGCUUCUGACACAUUUGAAGUGAACCUUGGCGGAGGUCGCUGUAUCAGUUAAAAACAAUUCCAGAGCCAAUGUCAUAGCAGAAGGUGAGAGCCCAGUGAACUCACCAUUCAUUGAAUGUGAUUGAAAAUGUAACUGGCUCUGAGCUUAAAGUAUAUGGUCCAUGUGAUGCAUUCCACUGAGGGAAAUAAAGUCAAGUUGUUAGACUGCCAUUCGUGUUAUCAUUGGCAGAAUUCUGAUGUUUAACAAGCACUGUUUGGUGAGCUCAGAACCACUGUAUCCUAUUCCAGGAGUACAGUGGAAUUUCCAAAUAAGAGCUGAGGUGCCAAUACCAAAGGGUCAUGGGGAGUCUGCACAGUUCCAGUUAGAUUGAUAGAAAAAUCCAUGUGUCCAGCUGUUAAUUUAUCAUCCUCCACUAGCACUAAAUUUGUCACUUUAAAUUUUGAAACCAGGGAAACGCCACCUGUCAUUCUGUUCCCACUCCCCAUAGCUCUUCAAUCUUUACAUGCCGCAAGACUUUUGUGACGAUUCGUACUCAUCCCAGUGUCUGCUGAAACCCCAUCAUGUCAUGUACCGGGCACCUUCUUUAAAAAAAAAAAUGUUUACUCUGUGGGUUUGGUUCAUUUCAAUUUCUGCGUUCUGACACCUAUUUUUUUAAUAAAGAUGAGAAAGAGAAA